AUGCCUCCCAAGUUCGACCCCAAUGAGGUGAAGAUCAUCCACCUGAGAGUGACUGGUGGUGAGGUCGGUGCCCAGUCUGCUCUGGCUCCCAAGAUUGGUCCUCUCGGUCUGUCCCCCAAGAAGAUCGGUGAAGAUAUCGCCAAGAACACUGGUGACUGGAAGGGUCUCCGUGUCACCGUCCGCCUGACCAUCCAGAACCGUCAGGCCGCGGUCUCCGUUGUUCCCUCCGCCUCUUCCCUGGUCAUCAAGGCCCUCAAGGAGCCUCCCCGUGACCGCAAGAAGGAGAAGAACAUCAAGCACAGCAAGUCCAUCCCUCUGGACGAGAUCAUCGAGAUCGCCCGCAAGAUGCGCCACCGCUCUCUUGCUAAGGAGCUCAAGGGUACCGUCCUUGAGAUCCUCGGUACCGCUUUCUCUGUCGGUUGCCAGGUCGAUGGCCGCAGCCCCAAGGACGUCUCCGACGACGUCAAGGCUGGCGAGAUCGACAUCCCCUCCGAGUAAAUGAUUCAAAUUCGCGGCGGUCGUGGUUUCUUACCGGCAUGCUAGUUACGGAAUAUGAUCAUCUUAUUCGAAACAAAAAUGUUUUAUGAGACAUGACUUUAGAUUCCCCAUUUCUGUUCUUUCGAAUUCGAUAAGUGUUUUCACUCGACGUCUCCGUUGAGAUGCCCCUUUUCUCUUCCUCCCGUCUCACAUAUGGUUUACUUGCUAUCUAUGCAAGCUGGAUCAUAAUGAGUCCCACCCCAGAUGACCUUUGCAACACUCUGGCCCUUACCGUCUUUUCCCGCCUUCGGGCCUGGAAUUGUCAUAUCACAACGUGGU